AUGACGCCAUGAUGGCUGCUAUCAUUUCCACGACUUGUUGGGGGGGAGUAGUGUCCAUCCAUGCAGGCCUCUGGAUUCAGUUCAGAGUUCAGUUCAACUCAGCGCGAAUAGGGUAGCGCAGCACAGGUGGAGUAGUAACGUCACGCAAAUGGGAAUUGCGUCUCCAUUUAGCUUCGACCCAAGAUCGUCCCAGUGCCAGGAGUGGCAUACAGCAUUGUGUACGCUGACCCCGAUUUUAAGUUGUGCUACAGUGUUAUCGAAACUUAUCAGUCUGUUCCGAACACAACCCUCAUUCGCCCAACUUUCACUGAGGCUGCUUGCACGUAGCAAUGCAAGACUCAACACGUCGAGCUACUCUUUCAUACAUCAACGUACCCAUCCAUUUCAGUUCUGGCCAAUUCCGAGGAAGAUGCGUUCGUGCUGAGCUCGUCGAGAUACAAAAAGCAGACCUAGGGCGAAAGUAUGCUCGUGUAGACCGACGCCCUCUCGACCCACCACCAGUGGUCCAACUCAGGUUAUACCACAUACACAAUGAGGGUACUGACCGUGCAUCCGAACAAGAAAUCCAAGACUACGACGAUAUACAAUGCCUUGGAUUACUCUGCAGUGUCGACUUGUUUCCAGUGGCUACUCAGUCUGAUAGCUCAUCGGAAUCAGGCUCCCUCCACCAUCUUCCUCACCAACUUUCGCCAGUAGUGCAACCCUCCUCUGGCGGCUAUCCACUACCUUCAAACCUGGCUAGAGAUCAAUUCCCUUCCUCAAGCAGUUCGAGUAGGGUUCUCGUUUCAGAUGCUAAUGCUAGGCUACUCCGUCCUCCCUAUGUUCAUCUCGAACCACCCCAAAUUCCCGAAAACACGAAGUGUACUGCCGCACUUUCAGGCGCCACCUUUGUUCAGCCAGUUUGCAUAGACUAUGAAGGCAAGAAGGCCCUUGUCUUUCCAUUUGCUGACCUUGCGGUUAAAAUUGAGGGCGACUUCUACCUCCGCUACCGCGCUUUCGAUCUCUUUUCGCGCACGGUAGAUCUAGCAGAUGUACCGGUGCAGGCUGAGUGUUAUGGCGGUUCAUUCCACAUAUAUUCAACCAAAGAAUUUCCCGGUUUACAACCUUCAACAGAGUUCUCCAAGCAACUCGCCAGAUAUGGUGUACGACUCAAUACCCGCGAGACGGAGCGCAAACGCAAGAAAAAGUGUUCUGAAAGUAGCGCCAUUCCAUCUCGAGCAAGCAAACGCAAAGUCGCAAGGAUCCCGCAGAGCGAGAGCGAGUAUGAUUGAGUUUGGUGGAUCAGGGCGAUUACGUUCAAAGGACUGAGUUGGCAUGUUCGUUUGGUUUUCUUCGGCGAAAAUUUAUACAUCUUGCAGUAGCAUAUAUAUGUACACAUACACAGAUCGAACAUAUACAUGCU